CAUAUUACUCGCUAUUCGCUGUACAAUAUUUGGCUUUAAUUACCAAUUCAACAAAUGGCGGCUGCAGCCAGCAGAGGUGCACACUCCAUGAAUUUUUCCCAUUUCAAGCCAAUGGUGAGGAAAGCCAGCUACCACAGGAAAAGUGGUUCGCCGGAGAUGAUGAAUGAAACCGUGAAAUUGAACGGAGAAGAAGCAAAGAGCAAAAAGAAGGAGGAAACGUGGUGGAUCCCGGACAAUCGCACCGGAAUUUUUUACCCCAAAGGCCAAAACAAAGUAAUUGAGGAAGUCCCUCCGGCUGCAGGCACGGAUGUUGGACCCAUCAAUUGGUUUUCCAACCAUGAAGACUCUUUUUAAAACCAUAAAAAUGUUAAUUAAUAUCAAUGAAUAAAUAAAGUAUAUUUAUAAUUAGCAUAAACCAUGAAAAAUUACAAGUUGUAAGCUAUGUUCAUGCAUGCAUUU